GCUCCGAUCGGCGUCCCCGAGCUCCGAUCGCCUCUCCAUCUCGCUUCCCGAGCUCCGAUCGGCGUCCCCGAGCUCCGAUCGCCUCCCCAUCUCGCUUCCCGAGCUCCGAUCAUCGUCCCCGCGCCGACAUCAAUCCAUCGCCUCCCCAUCUCGCUUUCCGAGCUCCGAUCGGCUUCCCGCGCCGACAUUAAUCCAUCGCCUCCCCAUCUCGCUUCCCCGCCACCGUCGACCUCGCCCUCCGGUGCUUCCGGGAUAGUUUAAUAUCCAGUCAAGAAGACUGCAAUGGCUUUAGGAGAAGCCCUGUUUGAUGAAGAGCUCGGCAAACCUAUAGGGCAGAUUGUUGCCGUAUGCGGCCGCAACCAGAUACUGAGUUCCACAUUGCAGUCAAUUAAGUGGAGGGUCCCUGUGAAGAUUAGAGGAUUUGAGACCCAGAUGGAGAAAUGGAUGGGUGCUUGUGAUUGUAUCAUAACAAAGGCAGGGCCUGGUACAAUUGCUGAGGCAUUGAUCAGGGGACUUCCUAUCAUCCUCAAUGACUUCAUACCUGGACAGGAGGUUGGCAAUAUCCCAUAUGUAGUAGACAAUGGAGCUGGAGCUGGACUCUUGGCGCUUCCGUGAUUGCAGGUGCCUCCGGUUCCGACUUCACAAAUUACAUAUAGAUAGUUUAAUAUGUUUGAUGUGUAAGCAAGGUAAUCAAAAAUACCUUAUUAUAUAUGAUGAGACAGUAAUUGUACAAUAUAUUCUUUUUCUUUCCCUAUGUUAACUAGAUAUUUACAUCAGAAAGAAAAACUUUAACCA